AUGCGCCUCCCGGAGCUCGCGCUCGCCCUGCUGGCGCUGCUGCUGUGCCAGGCGCCUCGGGGCCCGGGGGCUCCGGUGCCCGGGGGCGCAGGGACGGUGCUGGCCAAGAUGUACCCGCGGGGCAACCACUGGGCCGUGGGGCACUUGAUGGGGAAGAAGAGCACAGGGGAAUCCCCACAGGUUUUGGAGGAAGAUAGCCUGAAGCAGCAACUGCGGGAAUAUAUUGGAUGGGAAGAAGCCACAAGGAAUUUGCUGGGCCUUUUGGAAGCAAAAAGGAACAGAAGCCACCAACCACCGCGGCUCCAGGUUCUGGGCAAUCAUCAGUCUAUUUGGGAUACACAGGACAGCAGCAAUCUUAAAGAUUUGGCAGACAGUGUGCUCCAGGUUCUCAAGGGGAAAGAAAGACCCUCCAGCUGAGAGGACAAGGGCAGGGACGGCCUCAAAGAAGCAAACGAAAACGGUUAAGAGACUGCAUUCUGCGAGCAUAACUUCCACCGGGUCAUCUACAAAAUGUCCUUUGUGCAAAAUACUUAACCGCUCUUGUAUCUUUUGCCCGUCCCUAAACUCAUCAUUUUCAAGCAGCAGCUUCUGGUUUGAACAUCGUUUGCUGUGAACCACCAUCCCAAAGAGUUUUCCCGAUGAAUGCUUUUGACAUCGGAAGUUGUGUUGGUUAGAUGCAGGGCUCUGAUGUGUUACUAUUCACAAUAAAAGCUUAAUCACAUUG